AUGUCAGAUUCGAAAACUGCUUCUCCCGACCACUAUCCUACACCUAGGGAUGACGAGGAAGGGUUGACAAUCGAACGCGAUUGGACGGAAGAAGAGGAAAAGAAGGCCAAAUGGAAGUCAGUCAAUCUUAUACCAUUCCUCGACUUUNAGCUCGACCGAGGAAAUAUUGCAAACGCCAUCACCGAUAACUUCAUGAAGGACAUCGGCAUCGUCCAAAAUCAAUUCAACGUUGGUCAGCAAAUGUUGUCACUUGGCAUUGUUCUGUUCGAGAUUCCUUCCAACAUGAUUUUGUAUCGUGUUGGUCCUGGAAAAUGGUUGACACUCCAACUCUUCCUCUUCGGCAUCGUCAGUACUUUCCAGGCCUUCCAAAACAACUAUGCAUCUUUCAUUGCGACUCGAUUCCUCCUUGGCUUGACCGAAUCUGGCUUUAUACCUGGCGGUCUGUGGACCAUAUCUACAUGGUAUACGAGACGUGAGACAGCUAAAAGGGUCAUGGUGUUCUACUUUGGUAAUCAAUUCGGCCAGGCUUCGGCUAAACUUCUCGCAUAUGGUAUUCUUCACAUGCGUGGGGUAGCCGGCAGACCUGGUUGGUUUUGGUUGUUCGUUCUCAUGGGUGGCUUCACCUGCUUCUGUGGUUUCAUCUUCGGCUUUUUUCUUCCCGACUGUUUCCGGAAUCCUUGCUCGACAUUCUUGCCUGGACGUGUAUUGUUCACGCCCAGAGAGAUCCAUAUCCUCAGGAAGCGCGUUUUGCUUGAUGACCCAGCAAAGGGGAAGAAGAAAAGAAAUAUCGGGUUGACCGCGUUCAAGAAAGCGUUCAGUAACUGGCGCAUGUGGGUGCAUUUCCUCAUCACAUUGACCAACAACGGCCCUCAGCGUGCUUUUGAUACAUACGCACCUUCCAUUGUCAAUGGCUUUGGCUUCGGAGGCUUGUCUGCAAAUGCUUUAGCAGCUGUGGGCUUUUCACGACGUGGUGAAACAGUCAUGGCAGGUCUGAGUCUGCAUCUAUUUGGCUACGUCCUCAAUCGCAUAUUUACCGAAAUCGACAAUCGUGGCGUCCGUUACUUCGGUGUAGUCUGGACGCAGACCUUCGGCACUUUCUCUCAUCCUCUCAACAUCACCUGGAUGUCACUCACCUGCACAGAUUCCGAGGAGAGGGCUCUGGCUAUGGCAAUGGUGAUUAUGGGAGCCAACAUCGCGGGCAUCUAUGGUGCACAAAUAUUCAGAGCAGAUGAUCGUCCAAGAUAUCGAAGAGCGUUCAAUGUCAACAUUGCUGUGCUGGCGGUCGGGCUGUCGCUUGCGGUGCUGAGGUUCCUGGAUGAUAAGCUGAGGAGGAGGAAGAUCAAGGCUCGGCUGCCAGAGCCGGAGACUGGUUCAGAGACACACAGCGAUGGUGUGCUCAGGGCAUCCUUUCCUGCUAAUGAACAGCCAAAAGUUGGUCGCAGUGAGUGA